AUGACGGAUACAGAAACACAAAUAGGAACAGGUGAAGAAGCUUCGCCAAGAGAUACGGGACACAAUAAAAAAAGACAAGUAUAUGAUUGCAAUAUAUGCUUCGAAGAUGUAUGUGAACCUGUAGUCACGCGAUGCGGACACCUGUUCUGCUGGGAAUGCCUACUCACCUGGAUGAAUAAACCAAAUGACCACUGUCCAGUUUGCCAAGCUGGCAUUACCAAGGAAAAUGUAAUACCCCUAUAUGGACGUGGACAAGAAAAUAAAGACCCAAGAAAUAAACCCACGGAACCAAGACCAACAGCUGAAAGACCGCAACCACAACAGGCACAAAAUAACAGGAACAAUACACAAUUUGGAGGAGUAGUGUUCUCUAUGUUCGCAUUCCCAUUCUCCGUAGUAAUGCCAUUCCAUUUUGGCGGAUACGGGAAUAAUGGGUUUUUUAACUUCAUGAACAUGAUGACAAACACAAGGCAAAUGACAACAGAACAAAGGAGAGCACAUGUAAACUCCAUAUUACUCAUGGUAAUGGGUAUGCUGAUAAUCGCAUACAUAGUUAUAGUCAUAAGUAAAAACAAACGCCAAACUAAAAAAUCGAGGAACACAACAAACAAUAUGGCAACAGAAAGUAGAGUUUCAACCCUGCAAAAACUAUUCAAAUCAUAUUCGGGUGGGAAAAGCGUAAUGAACUCCAGCAAUGUAGACGACCUAGUCCGUGAACUUGGGUUCGCACCUUCUAUCAGCGAAUUAAAUACAUUCAAGCAAAAAGUCGGAGAUACAUGCGGUAUUGAACAACUACAAGAACUUGUAGACACACUAGAACAUCCCGAAGAUACAAAAGAAAACUUCCUCAAGUUCUUCAAGUUCUAUGAUACCAACAACAAAGGCACCGUAAGCAGACCUAUGCUAGAAAAACUACUCACACAUGUCGGAGAACCACUCACACAAGAAGAACUUAGCGCUUUCUUCAAAAAAACAUGCGACCUAGGAGACGAAGUACCAUACGAAAAACUCAUCAACAACCUUCUGAUGAAGUGA